AUGGCCAUCGAAGAAAUAUCUGGUUGUGUCAAUAAUCGAUAUUUUAUUCGAAUUUUUAAUGUGGACGACUAUUCUUACGCAUUCGUUAAUCAGCACUAUGUUGCACGUCAAUCCCUUCGUACAGAUUCUGGUUUCAUCGAUGUUACUGCUUACAUUCACGAUGGCAUCAGUAAUUUUACUUUCUUAGCAUACAAUGUUUUUAAUCCAUAUAGUUGGGGUUUCCAAAUCAUGAACAACAACAGUACUAUUUUUGCCGAUACAGCAGGGAUCGCUGGAUCAGUUAGCGCAAGCCGCAGAUUAAGGCCAAAUCAGUUUGUCUACAACAGAAUGAUUUCCGUAAAUACUGCUAAAUACUCGAUUGUGAGUACAACGCCAACUACAAGUUGUACCGGUAAAAACGACAAAUAUUCAAUCCGUCUUUACAACAUAGACGAUACAUCCUACGGAUAUGUCAACCAACAAUUGAUUAUUUCUCAAUCUUAUACAGAUUCUGGCUUCGUUGACGUUACUCCUUAUGUUCAAAAUGAUUCUAAUAAGUUUACCUUCUUAACUUAUAACAUCGCUGCAACAUACAAUUGGGGCUUUCAAAUCAUGGAAAAUAACGAUAUUAUUUUUGAUGAUAUAGGAGGACUGGUGCCAAUAUACGGUGCAGAUAGUGGUAACACAUCGAGGUCAAACCAAUUCGUUUAUAAUAAAACAAUAUUCAUCAAUGUUACUAAAUGCGAAAAUAUGACUUCGGCUUCCAGCACAAAUUGUUUUGUACCAAAAAUUAUCUUGAUUCCCGCAACAUCAACAUUAUCAUCUCCCAUACAAUUUCAACGAAGUCAAGAUUUCUUUAUUAGUUCGUACAUUCAAUUGAUGUGUAACAUUUCACUUGCGACAAUUAUGAAAUGGACAAUCAAUAAUUGUAUUCAAACGAAUUGUUCCUCUCAAAUUCAAAUAGCUCCGUCGAUAAACACAACUUUCAAUGAGCUAUAUAUUCCAGCACGAACAUUACCGUAUGGCACAUAUGAAUUCAUCUUGAAUGUCACAAUAGCUGCAUCAUCUGCUUUAACAUCAUCAGCAUCUGCAUUUGUAGCAAUUGUCUCAUCAAAUAUUGCGGCAAAUCUCGUUCAGUUUGGUACAUCGAUGAUCACAAGUGGGCAUCAACAAAAUCUGACACUUGAUCCAGGUUCAUAUUCUGUCGAUCCGAAUGAACUUAUUUUCAAUCGAAGUAAAUGGACAUAUGAUUAUUAUUGUCGUGUGUAUGGUGUUCAAUCCUUUCCUAGUAUGAAUGGAUCUUUGUUGACAAUUGAUGAUCCGAUGAAUCCAUCGUGUACAUCAAACCAAUCUGAACACGACAUUUGA